UGAAGACACUGUUGACGAUAGGAGGAGUGUGCGCGUGAUCAAGUAUCCGCGAUCUUUUCCCCCAGAGACCCCAGAUCUCUGGCUCGAUGUAUGCGCUGUGUUCGCGCAUCCUGCUGCGGAGAUCUUCAGCCUCGGUUUUCCGGGGGUUGUGUAGCGAACCCGCACCUCAGAAUCCGGAGUAUCGGAGAAAAGCAAAUCGCUUGGUGCCGUUACCACCGGAGCUCGUGAAGGCCGUAGAGAAUGUUCUCGCUGACCGCGAUUUGGAUAAACUACAGGCCGAUGGACAAUUACUUCAUCGACAACUUUGGUCGAGACGUGAGCCAAUCGAAACCCGCGAAAUUCAGGAGCGGGCGGGCAAUUUGCAAUGGCAAAUGUUCGGCGAUCGACUGUCGCGACUCGACAGUGAGCAGCGGGAAUUAGUCGAACCGCAGAUUAAGGAGGCCAUUGUGAAUAAACUGCGGAAGACCACAUAUCACUGGACACCGGUCAACUACGAUGACUACGGAAGUUUAUGUUAUUUGCUGGGUCGUUUCCCUUAUGAAUUCGCAGCUCUCCGGAAUGUUUUCCGAGAAAUAUGCAUCAUCGAUCCGUUGUUCGCACCACAGACCUGCCUUGAUUUCGGCUCCGGUAUCGGGACCGUAUGGUGGGUGAUGAGAGAUCUGUACAACGCCUCCUUCAACGAGUAUCUCAGUGUCGAUAUCCAGAGACCCAUGCGCGAUCUUGCGAGACAGUUAGUCGCAGGUGGAGAUCCCCAUGGUUCGGUAUCUUUUGAAGUUUACGCACAACGUGCCAAACUGCCUGCCAGUGUAAAUACGAAGUACGACGUAGCGGUUUCGGCGUUCUCCCUGCUAGAGCUCCCGAACCAGCGGGAGAGACUUGCCACAAUCGAAACCCUCUGGGAGAAAACUCAACGCCAUCUUAUAAUCCUCGAAAACGGAAACCACACGGGCUUCAAGCUGGUGAGCGAAGCGAGGAAGUUCAUCCUGGAGAUCUCGAAUCACGCCAAUCAAGCUCGUUCUUAUGUCUUGGCGCCCUGUACGCACAAUUUGCCCUGCCAGCGUUCCCACUCGGAAAUGAGCAAGUUGCCAUGCUCGUUCCCCGUGAAGUAUGCCUCGUUCGAGAGCAGCCAUGUGGGUCGGUGUUCAUACUCGUAUGUCGUAUUGAGCAAAGUUCGCCCCAAAUGCGAACCUGCGGCGCGAAUAAUCGAAAACGUCUUACCGAGGACCAGACACGUCACGUGUCGGCUGUGUACGUCAAAGGGUCAAGUCGAAGAGAAAAUCUUCACGAAACGCAAACACGAUAAAGAAGUCUACAGCGCCGCGAGACGAGCGGAAUGGGGGGACUUGUUCCCGCAUGAAGAUAUUCCAUCGGCGAGAACGAAAACGAGAAGUCCGGCUGACACCCCGUAAAACGAGAGGAAUUUCGCGGAUUGAUAAUUAUUCAAGAGUAGAACUCCUGUAAAUUAUUCUUGGCUCCGUAGCCCUUGGGAAGCAUCGGUUCGAUUGUUCUCAUCUUUUCUCAUCGCCGCCUCGCCGGAAGCGGAACGUUGUAUAUAAAUAAAAUCUUGAGUGAUGUAUCGACACCUUGACUGUGUC